AUGUGUAAGGCUAAUGUUAACCGUUAAAUAUUUCUGAAAUUGCUAUCCGUAACUGGUUUUAUCGAGAAUCUAGUCUGUUUAGUCCAAAGGGCUUUCUUACCGUUAAGGAAUUUUCCUUAAGGAAUAUUAGUUAGUUGACGAAUGUCCCACAAUUGUGGGAUAUUCCUCAACAAACGACUUUUAGUCAAAAAAUAAAAAUACUUAGGUGUUGUUUCUGUUUUUUUCAGUGCAAUACCUUUUGAAUAUAAUCAACAUUAAUUGCAGAGUAGGGGGCUGGAUUUUCAGCAAAGAUGUCGACAAGCAUUAUAAAUAUUUAAUGAUGCUCAGACGUCACAUGUAAUACAUAUGUAUUACAUAUAUAAAAUCACAUUGUGGUAUUUAAUAUUUAGGGAAGGAGAAAUAUAUGUGUCUCUCUUAAUAGAAAUAUAUUGAUCGGGAUGCAUCCGGAAUUAUAUGCCGUGCGCAAAUCUUUUCCUAGGCUUCAAAAUGAAACAAGACAAUGAAUUGGAAUAAUAUAAUACCUCUUUAAGAAUUAUCCAGAAUUAAUGCCCAGUAAAAGUGACUGCGACUCUACCUGAAAUUAAGGGAAAUCUUAAGGAUUUUACUUGCUGAAUAUAGUUUAGUUGACAUAUAUGUGUCAGUUUGAAAUUUAAAAACAGGGGUCUUUAAAUUUCACAAAAAAUUGUUCAAAAGGAUCAUACUCCUUAUGUUUAUGUAUAUAACUUAACAACUAUAAGUAAAUCAUAUACGCAAAAGGUGCAUAUUGUUGUGUGUUGAUAACAACACGAAUGACGUUCACUAUUAAACUGCAAGCAGGAAAUGCAUUUAAGCAAUCAGAUACCGAAGUAUAUUACCGUAUCCAGUGCAAGUCGUUCGAUAUGUUUGGUGUUAUCCAAAGUGCUUCGCCAAUAGGCAUCGCAAAACUCUGAAAUUUACUUAAUAUGUCUGCACGUUCACAACUUUACGUCUGUCGCGAUGACCUUAUUUGAGUUAUUUCUUUUGUACAGUCAUGGCCAAUUCCAGUCCGGUCAAGGUUGUUAAAGCAACCGUAAGUUUCUUAAUCAGUAUGAUUAAUUUUUCGAAAAUGCCACUUGAAUCAGUAAUCCAUCGGUUAUCAAGCAAUGAUGAGACUUUUAAUGUUUGAAGUCGAUUUGGCACAGGCCCUACAUCUUUGGGUGAGAACCUAACAGAUUAGCUCUAUAAUUUGACUAGUUGUCUACGCAAAAAUAAGGCUUUCAUAUGACAUUGAAUGCUCUGUUUUUCCGUUUGUCCUAAAUACUUACAAAUAAACGUUCUUCAUAAGAACGAAGAGCAUAGCCCACUUCCUUUUUGCAAAGGUAACUUAUAGUUAAUCUCAGGCAACUUAAGGUAAUUUUUUGCCGUUUUAGGAGCUUCCGGUCAUUCUGGAAAAGAACACAUACGUCAUUGUCAAUUUUUUCACAUCAUGGUUAGCAGCAAGUUACGAGGUUGCGCCAAUUAUAGAGAAACUGGCGCACAAGUAUCCAAAGAUUAAGUUUGUCACCGUUGACGUCAGCGAGAACCAGGUGAAUUUACACUACACUUCCUCUUUUCGAAGUACCUCUAAACGUGCACUCUUUAAACUGCAUUUCUUCACUUGUCCCCCAGGAGUAUAUGUGUUUCAUUGUAAUUUGCAUUUUAACCACCAGACUAAUUGCUAACAUAAGCAGUUUGAAGUAAAUCUACCGGGAAUAAUCAAACUUAGGAGACAGAAACUGUAAUCGUGGAGGAAAGUUGUACGAAAAUUUGUAUUACACAACCACGUGACAGUUAAAUUUAUGAAGAUCGGCUGCACUAACACAAAAAGAUGUAGUGUCAGUGCUCAUGUUGAAAAUGUUUUACUUGCUUUUUAGGACCUUUUGAGGGCCUACAAUUGUCCGGGCCUGCCGUACGUCAUAAUUUUCUGGAGGGGGCUGGUACUCGACCGAUGCGAUGACGCGACACGAGCUUCUGUCAAACGCAUGGUCAGAGCUCUGACAAAGGAAGGACACUACCUCACUUUCUCCACAAACUCUGGAAAAUCAGUGACAUUUUCGGAUGCCAUCGCAUGGGAUUGCAGAGUGAAGAAAGCGGUUGUUUAA